AUGCCUCGCUCCCAAUCACCGAAUCCCACUCGCCAGGAGGCCGGGUUCAAAGCAGCGCUGAAUAACCCCCGCGUCUCCUCUUCCGCAAAACAGAACGCCCGCCACGUCCUCGAGGACCAGUUCGGCGACGUAAUUGAACAAGUCGAUGUCUCCGGAGGCAGCAAGUACGGCGACGAGAAUGUGACCUCUAGUCGUGGUGUGGAGAGAAGUAGGAAUAACGUUGUUAGGGGGUAUAAAGCGGCCGCGCAUAAUCUCUCAAAUACCGAGGCUGGAAGACAGCAUGCUAGACAGAGUUUGGAGGAUUUGGGUGUUAAUCCUGAUGAGUAA